GUCCACUGAGUUGGUCCAGCUAGACCUACUCAGGUUGCAACCAUGGGGCCGGGACUCUCUGCAAGAUUAACUUGGAUCUGCGUGCUGCUGAUUAGCGGCGCUGCUAGCCUGCCGGUCCAACAUGGCAACAGGUCUACGAACCAGGACACCACGGACUCGCUUGCCGGGGCCGUCUCUCCAAAGGAUCUGCCGCAAAGCUCCAACUUCCCUGCGGAAGCGGAUGAACCGGCGAACCCCACAGCUGACACAAAGGGAGCUUCGAGUAUUGUUUCACGUGAGCCCAAGGCUGUGACCUACGACCACAAUGCCAACAAGAUAUCAAGUGGUCCCGUGCCUCAAGCUGACGUUCCCAUUACCAGUGACAAAUUCAGACCCCAAGCCGCUGAAUCAGGUGCGAGUUCUGCUUGGAGAGCGUACAAUCCUCCCAGCUACACCCCCUCAGCUGCUGCUGGUCUACAAGACGGUCCCGUCGAUGCCAAGCAACAGCCAGAAUCUACUUUAGAUGUUGACAAUGACUCCGCAUGGUCAGGCGUUGAUCCACGUUCCAGCUACCGGUCUUCAACUGCUGGCAGCGUAAAAGGGAGUUGGAAGCAGCAGGAAGCGUCUAGUCCAGGUGCUCACGUGCACCCAGGAUGGCCAAGCUAUGACUUAGCCUCAAGCUACGAAUCUUCAAGUGGUCAACAAGCCGGUCCUAAUUCUGGGAUACAGCAACAAUUCCAUCCAGGUGUUCAUGAGCACUCAGGAUUGUCAGGUGAAGACUCUGCUUCCAGUUCCAAAACUUCAACUGGUUACCAAGCCAAUAAAAAUAUUCUCAAGCACCCAGGGUGGUCAGGCUAUGACUCGAGCUCCAAAUCUUCUGGCCAACAAACAUCCAAUCCAGCUGCUCAUGUGCACCCUGAAUGGUCAAGCCAUGGCUCUGAAUCUUCAACUGGAGGGCUGAAACAACCAACCAAUGUUCAUGUGCACCCAGGAUGGUCAGACUACAAUUCUUUUUCUGGCCAACAAACUUCUAAUCCAGCUGCUCAUGUGCACCCUGAAUGGUCGAGCACCGGCUCUUCAACUGGAGGUCUAAAACAACCAUCCAAUCAACAUGCUCAUGUGCACCCUGUAUUGUCAAGCUAUGGUUCCUCUUCAAGCUCCAAAUCAUCUGGCCAACAAACAUCCAAUCCAGCUGCUCAUGUGCACCCUGAAUGGUCAAGCUAUGGCUCUGAAUCUUCAACUGGAGGUCUAAAACAACCAUCCAAUCAACAUGCUCAUGUGCACCCUGUAUUGUCAAGCUAUGGUUCCUCUUCAAGCUCCAAAUCAUCUGGCCAACAAACAUCCAAUCCAGCUGCUCAUGUGCACCCUGAAUGGUCAAGCCAUGGCUCUGAAUCUUCAACUGGAGGGCUGAAACAACCAACCAAUGUUCAUGUGCACCCAGGAUGGUCAGACUACAGUUCUUUUUCUGGCCAACAAACUUCUAAUCCAGCUGCUCAUGUGCACCCUGAAUGGUCGAGCACCGGCUCUUCAACUGGAGGUCUGAAACAAACACCCCAUCAUGUGCACCCUGAAUGGUCAGGCUAUGGUUCCUCUUCCAGCUCCAAAUCUGGCCAACAAACAUCCAAUCCAGUGGUUCACAUGCACCCUGAAUGGUCAAGCUAUGGCUCUGAAUCUUCAACUGGAGGUCUGGAACCGUCCCAUCAACAUGUUCAUGUGCACCCAGGAUGGUCAGGCUAUGGUUCUUCUGGCCAACAAACAUCUAAUCCAACUGCUCAUGUGCACCCUGAAUGGUCAAGCCAUGACUCCUCCAGCUCUGAAUCUUCAACUGGAGGUCUGAAGCAACCAUCCCAUGUUCAUGUGCACCCAGGAUGGUCAGGCUAUAGUUCUUCUGGCCAACAAACAUCUGACCCAACUGCUCAUGUGCACCCUGAAUGGUCAAGCUAUGGCUCUGAAUCUUCAACUGGAGGUCUGAAACAACCAUCCAAUCAACAUGCUCAUGUGCACCCUGUAUUGUCAAGCUAUGGUUCCUCUUCAAGCUCCAAAUCAUCUGGCCAACAACCAUCCAAUCCAGCUGCUCAUGUGCACCCUGAAUGGUCAAGCUAUGGCUCUGAAUCUUCAACUGGAGGUCUGAAACAACCAUCCAAUCAACAUGCUCAUGUGCACCCUGUAUUGCCAAGCUACGGUUCCUCUUCAAGCUCCAAAUCAUCUGGCCAACAACCAUCCAAUCCAGCUGCUCAUGUGCACCCUGAAUGGUCAAGCUAUGGCUCUGAAUCUUCAACUGGAGGUCUGAAACAACCAUCCAAUCAACAUGCUCAUGUGCACCCUGUAUUGCCAAGCUAUGGUUCCUCUUCAAGCUCCAAAUCAUCUGGCCAACAACCAUCCAAUCAACAUGCUCAUGUGCACCCUGUAUUGUCAAGCUAUGGUUCCUCAAGCUCCAAAUCAUCUGGCCAACAACCAUCCAAUCAACAUGCUCAUGUGCACCCUGUAUUGUCAAGCUAUGGUUCCUCUUCAAGCUCCAAAUCAUCUGGCCAACAACCAUCCAAUCAACAUGCUCAUGUGCACCCUGUAUUGUCAAGCUAUGGUUCCUCAAGCUCCAAAUCAUCUGGCCAACAACCAUCCAAUCAACAUGCUCAUGUGCACCCUGUAUUGUCAAGCUACGGUUCCUCUUCAAGCUCCAAAUCAUCUGGCCAACAAACAUCCAAUCCAGCUGCUCAUGUGCACCCUGAAUGGUCAAGCUAUGGCUCUGAAUCUUCAACUGGAGGUCUGAAACAACCAUCCAAUCAACAUGCUCAUGUGCACCCUGUAUUGUCAAGCUAUGGUUCCUCUUCAAGCUCCAAAACAUCUGGCCAACAACCAUCCAAUCAACAUGCUCAUGUGCACCCUGUAUUGUCAAGCUAUGGUUCCUCAAGCUCCAAAUCAUCCGGCCAACAACCAUCCAAUCAACAUGCUCAUGUUCACCCUGAAUUGUCAAGCUAUGGUUCCUCAAGCUCCAAAUCAUCUGGCCAACAACCAUCCAAUCAACAUGCUCAUGUGCACCCUGAAUGGUCAAGCUAUGGUUCUGAAUCUUCAACUGGAGGUCUGAAACAACCAACCAAUCAACAUGCUCAUGUUCACCCUGUAUUGUCAAGCUAUGGUUCCUCUUCAAGCUCCAAAUCAUCUGGCCAACAACCAUCCAAUCAACAUGCUCAUGUACACCCUGAAUUGUCAAGCUAUGGUUCCUCAAGCUCCAAAUCAUCUGGCCAACAAACAUCCAAUCCAGCUGCUCAUGUGCACCCUGGAUGGUCAAGCUAUGGCUCUGAAUCUUCAACUGGAGGGCUGAAACAACCAUCCCAUGUUCAUGUGCACCCAGGAUGGUCAGGCUAUGACUCUAGCUCUAAAUCUUCCACUGGUGGUCAACAGCCCUCCCAUCAACAUGCUCAUGUGCACCCUGAAUGGUCAAGCUAUGGCGCUGAAUCUUCAACUGGAGGUCUGAAACAACCAUCCAAUCAACAUGCUCAUGUACACCCUGAAUUGUCAAGCUAUGGUUCCUCUUCAAGCUCCAAAUCAUCUGGCCAACAAACAUCCAAUCCAGCUGCUCAUGUGCACCCUGAAUGGUCAAGCUAUGGCUCUGAAUCUUCAACUGGAGGUCUGAAACAACCAACCAAUGUUCAUGUGCACCCAGGAUGGUCAGGCUAUGACUCCUCUAGCUCUAAAUCGUCCACUGGUGGUCAACAACCCUCCCAUCAACAUGCUCAUGUGCACCCAGGAUGGCCAGGCUACGACUCUUCCUCUUCUGGUCAACACACUUCUAAACCAGCUGUUCAUGUACACCCCGGAUGGUCAGGCUAUGGUUUCUCUAGCUCUAAAUCUUCCACUGGUGGUCAACAACCAUCUCAUCAUGCUCAUGUGCACCCUGAAUGGUCAAGCUAUGGUUCCUCUUCUAGCCAACAAACAUCCAAUCCAGCUGCUCACAUGCACCCUCAAUGGUCAAGCCAUGACUCCAGCUCCAAAUCUUCAACUGGUGGUCAGCAACCAUCCCAUCAACAUGCUCAUGUGCACCCAGGAUGGUCCGGCUAUGACUCCUCUUCUAGCCAAACAUCUAAUCCAGCUGCUCAUGUGUACCCAGGAUGGUCUGCCUAUGACUCCUCUUCUAGCCAAACAUCUAAUCCAGCUGCUCAUGUGUACCCAGGAUGGUCUGCCUAUGACUCCUCUUCUAGCCAAACAUCUAAUCCAGCUGCUCAUGUGUACCCAGGAUGGUCCGGCUAUGACUCCUCUUCUAGCCAAACAUCUAAUCCAGCUGCUCAUGUGCACCCAGGAUGGUCAAGCUAUGGACACUCCAGCUCACUGUACCCUGUAGUGGACCCUAGUGAGAAUUCUUAUAGCUCUUCAGGAUCCUAUCACUCUGGUAGUGUUCCCAACAAGAACCUUCAUGGUUGGAACAGACCUGAGUGGGCUCCAAUGUAUCCAGCAGGAAGCAAUGUGUUUGCCUUCAACCCGAGUGCUCCCAGCACUCCCUGGUUGUCUGGCCAGUCUAGCUCUGCUCCUGAAUACUCACCAACUUCCAUCGUCCAAUCCAGAUACGGCUACCAACGUGCGCGAGAUGAAUUUGCCAGAAUGCAAUAUUCCCAAGCUGAUGUUCCGUCAGGCUUCUCCAGAACUGCGAGCUCCCAAAGAAGCGCCCUGAAGAACUGAGGAACGUGUGGUUUGGGUCUAUGCGGACUAAGAUUCAAUAAAAAAACUUUAACUUGA